AUGCGAUUUUUGACGUUCCUCGCUAUCUUUACCGCAAACUUGCAAUCCAAAACUCAAAGUCAAUGUCCUACUCACUUACAUGUCCUCUGUUCCGAGAUAGGUUGGAACUCGUGGAACACGUUCAAGCAGAAUAUCAACCAAACCCUGAUUGAGGACACAGCAACAGCAAUGGUAGAAAAGGGCCUAGCAAAGGCGGGAUACAGCUACGUCGUCAUGGAUGAGGGCUGGCAGGCUCUCGAACGAGACGUCGAGGGCCGGCAGCAGCAUAAUGCUACCCGCUUCCCGUCUGGUAUCUCGACACUCGCGGAGCACGUUCAUACCCUAGGCCUCAAGAUUGGUCUCUACAGGUACUGUUCUUACUUCCAUGGAUGCUUCUCACUCUGCCUCCGUCUUCUGCUUCUUUUCCACUCGAAGAGUGACUCGGGAAUCUUUGGCUGUGGCUUUACACCCGGCUCCUGGGGCUACGAAGAGCUCGAUGCCCAAACCUACGCCGCCUGGGGCAUCGACUAUCUAAAGUACGACAACUGCGGCGGCUUCCACGCGGGUACGCACACCCAGCAGGAACGCUUCCAGACAAUGUCGUCCGCCCUCCUGGCAACCGGUCACAAAAUACUAUACAGUCUAUGCCAGUGGGGCCACCAGUUCCCCUGGUACUGGGCGGACCAGGUCGGCGCUGCCUCAUACCGUAUGUCUGGCGACAUUCACGCGCGGUUCGCGGAGGACAAGGCCAAUAUCUGCAAGACGGCGUACUGUCUUAACACCGGAUACGCCGGGGUGAGCGUGCUGACUAUGAUCCGGAAGAUGAGAGAGAUCUCGCCGUUCCAGGCAAAGGAGAGGGGUAGUUGGGCGGACAUGGAUAUGUUGGAAGUAGGAGUCGGGUAUAAUCUCAGCGGAAAGAUCGUGUACAUGUCCGAGGUGGAGGAGCAGACGCACUUUUCGUUUUGGGCGGCGCUCAAGUCACCUCUCAUCAUCGGUGCCGACGUCACGAAGAUUCGGGAUUCAUCGUUAAGGAUUCUACUCAAUGAGGACAUCAUCGCCAUCUCUCAGGAUGAGAGGGGCGAAGCUGUGAAGUACUUGCCUAGGUUGUCGAGGGAGGACGAGGUGCAGGUAUGGGGAGGCGCCAUCGAGACGGGAGCGUACCGGUACGUUGUCCUCGCCUUGAACUAUGGGAGGAACAAGACGAGCAUCGAGGUGCCAUGGAAGGAGGUUGAAGGGUUGGAGGAGUGUCCCGGUGGAGGGUUGAAAGUGAAGGAUGUAUGGGCUGAUGAGGAUUCGGGGAUCGUCAAGGAGAAGAUCACUUUGGAAGGGGUGGCGGUCGGGCAGACCAAGAUUGAUCCUUCCAAGCGAGGUCCUCGUUCAUCCUUGCAUCCCGGGUGGCUCGGCACUCUCAACUCUCCUAUACCGGAGUGCGGAGCAAGUUCCGGACAAUCCUCCGGCAUCAUCAACACAACGCAGAACAUCCCACCGAGCACAACAAACCGCUUUUCAUCAAUAGGCUAUGCGGCCCGAAAGCUCUACCGCCGGGAGCCGAUGGGUGGUCUGUCAACUUGCGAGCCCAUGUUUCUAUUGGGAAGCGGGCACUACAACUUGCUAUCGAUUACUCCAAGCCUGCCCACUUCGAAAGGAAUCAUAGGACAGAAAAACUUCAACCAAGUCAGAACUAGCAACAUGACUCCUGAAGCCAUCAUAACAGAGAAAGUCCCAGUCACGAACAGCCUCAAUAAGAGGUUAGUUGACGAUGGCACGGACUUCAAGAUGGGCGGCAACGCUUGUAAGCGCAGCAAACACUGCCAGGAGAAUAUGGAAACAGUAGCCGGUCUCACGACUCCUCCGUUCUCUUCAGCAGAGAUCAUCAAGCAGGGAGAAAAGUCUCUGGCGGCCUCGCUCUUCUCCCCCAAGGUCACAGCCAAGAUCUGGGGCGUGGCAAAACAAAGCUUCUCAUCGUCUUCGCCCCCGACCCUUUUCCCGGAAUACACCAAACCAGGCGGCACAAAGUACGUCUACCGCGAACUGGAUUUUUGGACCUCGGGCUUCUUCCCCGGGUGUCUCUAUCUCCUCCUCGAGCGAAGGCGUAGGCACCCCCAUCUCUUGAAACGGCUAGGCUGGUCAGCAGAGGAUGAGCCCAACUUACUACAUCUCGAGUUCGCCUGUAAGUGGUGGACAGAAACCCUCCACCCCAACGCAGAGCUCAAGACGACACAUGACCUGGGCUUCAUGAUCUUUCCCUGGGCACGACCCGCGUGGGAGCUUUCGGGUGACCGCAGAUCCUUCGAGACGGCUUUAACGGCAGCUAGGUCGCUGUAUAGCCGGUUUGACGCCACCGUGGGAUCCAUCCGGUCGUGGGACAUCUGUGUAACGAAGCGAUACAAGUUCCUGGACCCGAGUAAAGACUUUCUCGUGAUCAUUGACAACAUGAUGAACCUCGACGUGAUCUUCUGGGCUGCUUCUCAGCUUGGAGACGAUGACAUGUGGAACGCGGCUGUCAAGCACGCCGAAACGACGAGGGAGCACCACAUUCGCCCGAACUCUUCCACCUUCCACGUUGUCAACUUUGACCAGGCGACCGGCGUGCCAAAGGAAAAGAUUACAAAUCAGGGACAUUCUGACACAUCCUCAUGGUCGAGGGGACAGGCGUGGGCUGUCGCCGGAUUCGCGCAGACUUAUGGCUGGACACGGGACAAAUCUUUCCUCGAUACAGCCAUCUCGUGUGCGGACUAUUUCCUUGAGCAGCUCCCUUCGAGCGGGAUCCCGCCGUGGGACUUUGCUGCGCCCAAAGACAUGGCACAACCUCCGGAUGUCAGUGCCUCCAUGAUUGCGGCGUAUGGCAUGUUGCUCAUUCACGAGGCUCUGACGGCGCUUGGAAGGCCAUCAACGUACCUGAGAAGCGCCAUCGGUCUCACUCGCGCUACCUGUAACAACCACAUCAAUAGUGGCGGAUUCUAUGUGAAGUCUCAAAGGUCGAUCGAUACGGUCGAGCACGGCACGGUGGUUGAAGAAGUAGGUUGGGAAGUGGAAAUGGGGGAUGAGCCGGAGACCAUAUUGAAUGGGGCAACCAUCAACAACUACGAAUUUGCGCCGCGAAGGUGGGCAAACCACGGACUGGUGUAUGCUGACUACUUCUUUCUGCUGGUGGGGAACAAGCUUCUGGAAAUGGGCGUCCCAGAGUUGUUUGACGAGAACCGGUCUUGA